GCUGAACAUGCAAAACUUAAAGAAGAUACUACUAAUCUCAAGACAAAAAACACUGAACUUGAAGCUAAAAUAGUGAAAUUAAAAUAUGAUAUUGAGGAAAUCAAAAAAAAUAAUCAAAUUAUUACUAAUAUAAAGAAUGUAUUUCCUUUUACAGAAUAUAAUUCCUGA